UGGUGUUACGGGGAAGCCGGACGGGGAACCGUUACUAUCCUUUGUUACUGAUUCACUUAGCUUUAUCAAGCAUUCUGAAACAAACAAGAAGCUAAGGUGGUUAAAGGAACCUUUUUCAAUAACUUUGUGCUAUGAGUAAUGUACCUAACCAAAAUGGGAUUGGUCUAGAUCAGCAGUUUGCUGGGUUAGACAUCCGCGGAGGUGGUCAAGGUGGUCCCCCUCAACAGAACACAAACAGAUAUGUCCCACCAAACCGUCGAAUGGAAGGUGGUGGGAUGGAUGGAGGUGGAGCAAGCUUUGGAAAUUACAGAGGCGGCGGCGGCCGUCCGGGUGGCGGGUACGGGGGCGGCGGCGGCGGCCGGCCCGGCUAUGGCGGCGGCUACGACCCCCGCGGCCCGCCGCCGCCCAUGCCGUCCUCGUUCGACCGCGGCUAUAACCGCGGCGGCGGCGGCGGGUACGGCGACAGAGACCGCGGCUACGGCUUCUCGGACCGGCCAUCCAACGGAUAUGGCGGAGGACGGUACGACCGUGGCGACCGCGGAUUUGGCGACCGGCGCGGCGGCAACACCUGGAACAAUAACCGUGGCGGUGACCGCUGGGGCGGGGACCGAGAGGGGGACCAGCUGCAGCGUAACGACCGCUGGAAGGAGCCGAGCGUGAGCGACCAGGACUGGACCACGCCGAUGCCGCGCGACUCGCGGAUCGAGGAGGAGCUCUUCAAGUCGGCGACGACCGGCAUCAACUUUGACAAGUACGACGACAUUCCGGUGGACGCCACCGGUAACGACGUACCCGACUGCAUCAAGUCGUUCAACGAGCUGGACCUCACGCCCAUCAUCGUGGAGAACAUCACACUGGCCAAGUACACCACGCCGACGCCGGUGCAAAAGUACUCGUUCCCGAUUAUUCUCAAGCAGCGAGAUCUGAUGGCCUGCGCCCAGACGGGCUCGGGCAAGACGGCCGCCUUCCUGGUGCCCGUACUGAACCAGAUCUUCCUGGUUGGACCGCAGCUGGCCAGCCAAGACCCCAAGCGUCCGAUGGGCGGCCGCAGGAAGCAGUUCCCGCUCGCCCUGGUGCUGGCGCCGACCCGCGAGCUGGCCACACAGAUCUACAACGAGGCGCGCAAGUUCUCGUACCGCUCCCGGGUGCGCCCGUGUGUCGUGUACGGAGGCGCUGAUGUGGGCAGUCAGAUGCGCGACCUGGAGCGGGGCUGCCAUCUACUGGUGGCCACCCCCGGCCGACUGGUGGACAUGCUGGAGCGAGGCAAGGUCGGCCUCGACAACUGCCGCUAUCUGGUGCUCGACGAGGCCGACAGGAUGUUGGACAUGGGUUUCGAGCCGCAGAUUCGUCGGAUCGUGGAGCAGGACACGAUGCCGAGAACGCAGGACCGGCACACCAUGAUGUUCUCGGCCACCUUCCCCAAGGAGAUCCAGCGUCUGGCCCAGGACUUCCUGCACGACUACAUUUUCCUGGCGGUGGGCCGCGUGGGCUCGACGUCUGAGAACAUCACCCAGACCAUCAUCUGGGUGGACGAUCACCAGAAGAAGUCUCAUCUGCUCGACCUGCUGCAGGAGACGCCGCAGGACGGCGAGGAGAAACCCGGCGAGUCGCUGACGCUGGUGUUCGUCGAGACGAAGCGCGGCGCCGACCAUCUGGAGGACUUCCUCUACCGCAACAACUACCCGGUCACCUCGAUCCACGGCGACCGCUCCCAGGGCGAGCGCGAGCUGGCGCUCAAACACUUCCGCAGCGGCCGCUGUCCGAUCCUGGUGGCCACGGCGGUGGCGGCGCGUGGUCUGGACAUCCCGCACGUCAAGCACGUUAUCAACUUUGACCUGCCGUCCGAUAUUGAGGAGUACGUGCACCGUAUCGGUCGCACAGGACGCAUGGGAAACACGGGACGUGCCACGAGCUUCUUCAACGAGGGCAACCGUGGCCUGGUGCGCGACCUGCAGGAGCUGCUGACGGAGACGAAGCAGGUGGUACCCGACUGGCUGGAGAACUACAGCAUGGAGGUGCACAGGAUGCACGGCGGAGGAGGCCGGCGCGGCGGCGGAAAACGGUUCGGCGGCGGUUUUGGCGGCCGCGACGUGCGUCAACAGAACCGCAACGGCGGUUACAGCAAGGGCGGCGGCGGUGGCGGCGGCGGCUACCAGGGCGGUAAGAUGGGCGGCGGCGGCGGCGGCUACCAGCCGUACGGUCAGAUGGGCGGCUACGGCGGCUACCAGCCCAUGGGCGGCUACGGGGGCACGUACGCGGCGGCUCCGGGCGGCGGCGGCGGCGGCUCCAGCGACAGCUGGUGGGGCGGCAACUAAGGCCGCCGGUCAGCUCCCCGGCCACCCCAGUGGCCGCCCCCGGCCGACCGACUGUCACUGUCUCUGUCGUAGUUCCCGUUUUGCAGCGCCCCGGGCGCCUGCAGCUCUCCGCCGCCGCCGCCGCCGCUGCCGCCGCACGCCGACAGGUGCUCACUCCCCACACGCAACACAUUGUGAUAGGGCCGGGGGUGGCGCCGCCGGCCCGCCCCCGGCGCCCAGCCCGGCCGCCUGAGGCCGGUGGGAGCGGGCCUCGCUCCCCGGCCGUGCCGGACGCGCCCCAGCCGAGGCGCGAUCGCCUCGCAGCACUGGGCGUGCGUGUGUGUGGGUGUGUGUUUUACGACGUUUUAAAGUUAUCAUUCCGCUGCGUAGGAAACUGAGUGUUUCGUUUGUUUUCUUGUGCGUUUGUGUGCUUAGAACAACAGCAUUACUCAAGAGUUAAUCCCCUAUCCGAGAGUUCACAGAGGCGCGGCGGACGGCGCUUAGGUGUUUUCUUUCCAUGUUCCCUCACGGUCGGGCCAACCCGGGGAGCUGGUGCGUCGUUUAGAGGUAAAUAUGGUAAACUGUUGUAUUCUUUCCUGGGCCGAAAUUGUCAGCUGGCGUGCCCAAAUCGCGAGCCGAGCCGGUGUGAUGUAAGCGCGCGCUCGUGUGAGCUGUGCGCGCGCGAGAGAGAGCUGGAGAACAGGACCGACUAUGUGACGGCGUCCGGUGACACGGACGGCCGGUAUCUCCGCCCCAGGUCCCUCCUUCGGGCGUCGGCGCGCGGCCGGGCUGGCCGGCGCGCCGCGCCGCGGGACAGCGUGCGAUCUGAGACUGACCGGCCGGCCGCCGGCGGGGGCCGGUGGGCCGGCCGGCCCGCGCGCAGCACGCGCCUCUGGUUAUUUAUUAGUAGCGUUACGGAGAGCAGUGUGGAGCUGGACUGACGACUGGCGAACGGACCGAAGGCGCGGCCCGGUGCGCACGGAGCGCGCGUCUGUUCUGUCUGUCUGUUUCCUGUACCGGCGGGCGGCUUCGGCCCGACCUGGGGUCCGGGCCGGCCGCGCCGGGCCACGCACACGAUUCGCGCACGCAUUCUUCCACUGAUGCAAGGGUGCUGGGCGGCCGGGCGGUCGCCGGCGCUGAUCUCAGGACUGGCGCCGGGCCCGCCGCCACGAGGGCCGCGGCAGCGGCAGCGCCCUCCGUGUGCCGGCCCGGCGGUCUCAAGCCCGCGACUUCUGAUCCAGUCUAGUCUCCAUGCGUGAUUGUGUGCGUGGCAAUAUCUUUUAGGGAACAGUACAAAUUGUGUCGCGGGCUGUCGGUCGCAAUUUGGUGCGUGAAUGUCUUAGGAUUUUCCAGAUUCACUUGAAGCGCUGCAGGUUCUGACGACCAGUUUGCUUCGUUUAUACUUUGUAGCCUCUGUUGGAGGGGCGUUAUACUGCGCCCUCCAGCCGAGGGUACCUUACACGUUAUACACUUGACUUGCGCGUGUCCAAAAGGGGCGGCUGUCACCGCGCCGGCUGCGUCCGGCGCCGUCCGAGACGAGAGAAAGUCCUGUAUAACAAAUUGUGAACCUAUUUUUGCGCGCCGGAGCGUAAUCUGACGUGUGUGGGACUGAAGGAGACCGACUGCCGUUACUUUGUGCUGCGUAACCGGGCGUGCCGGCGCGAGGGAGGAAAGGAGGCGCGGCGGGCGGCGGCCGACGCCGCCCGCCGCUGGGCCCAGAGGCGAACACAGACCGAGCAACCAACUGUCCACCUGCUGUCCGCGGGAGACCGGACGCAGGUGGAGGCUCGCCACACCAUUGAAAUACAAGGAAAGAAUAUGAACACAAA